GUCUAAUGUCACUGAAUGAAAAUGAAGAAGAUCAAGAAAUAAAUUAUGAUCCACGUGAAAUAGCUGCUUGUAAAUGGAUGUCACUUGAUGAAUGGGCUAAUUCACCAGAGAAACAUCCUGUAACUAUUACAUUACAUGUUGCACGUUUAGCUGUUGAUGUACUUGAUGGUCGUGAACAAUUACUUGAACCUAAUCGAAUAGAAGUUGAAUCAAAAAAUCCGGAUAGACCAUCAUGGGAUAUAAUGCUGUAUGGCAAAAAAUAUAAUGAUAAAAAAUAA